GUAUAAGGCCGCAGACCUAGCAAAGAUGCUGCCUGUAAGCUUAUACGCAGGGCACUGCUGAUUCCAAUAUCUCGUUAACUCAUACCUGAUAAAAUGAGAAGCCAGAAAUUCCUAAAAAGUGUGAAGGUAAGUCUUGUCUAGUGACCCCACAACUGGACAGAAGUCACAGCUUACGGGGCAUUUGUUCUGAAGGGAAGUCUCACUACAGACGGGGGAAGAAUACACAAAUCCCUCAGUGUUUAAAGGAAACUCUCUGGGGAUUUCAAGUUGGAAAAGACUUAAGUUUAGUUUUAAGAAAUCCUUCCAGUUCCGUCAAAGGGCAGAGAGGUGGAGACCGAGCUUCAGUCAGACUGAACUUAUAAACUAAGGACAUGGACAUAUUUGUAAAGAAAAUGGGUCACACCAUGAAAUUGUUUUUUAUUGUUGUAUCUGUAAGUUUGUUGGGGCUUAUUGGAGCAGUCAAGAAGGUACCAGAGAAACAUAACAGCCCCCUUCUUCUGCAGAAGGUGGUCCAGCCAGAAGGUAACAGCAAACCAACUUCACUAACAGCCCUGAAUACUGAGCGGCUACUUACUGCUGCAAGACAAAGUCCCACCCUAGUGAAGAAGAUGGCUGUGGUUGGUCAAAAUCCUUCAGAAUCUGUCAACGCCUUGAAAGCAGGGAGAGAUCAGUGCUUAGUAAACGGGAUGGUGAUGUACGACGGUGCGGCGUGGUCCCCACGCCCAUGUACCAUGUGUAUAUGUGACAGGGGGAAGCAGGUGUGUGAGCCCGUUGACUGUGAAGAGGUCUCAUGCUCUGGGGGCACAUUGCAAAAACGCCCAGACAGUUGCUGCCCAGUCUGUGUAAAAACAGAAUCACCAAAAAUAAAAGAGGUAGCUGCAUCAACAACAAAAAUCAGCCAAUUAAGUAAACUUGAGAACAAGGAGAAACUAAAGCAAGUAACAAUACGGAAGACAAAAGACGUGUUAGCCAGGAGACCACUCAAGCCAGUGGGCAGUCAACUGAAAAAUACACAAAAUGGCACAGCAUCUGCAAAACACCAAAGGAAAAGAAAAGAGACUGGUGGUCAUAAACAGGUGGAAAAUGCCCCAAAGAAACCACUUCCAAAGGCAAAAGCUGUGUCUCCUGGGAAACAAGAGACAGUCACUGGGGAAAAGGAUGUGGACCUCAGUAAGGCAAAUGUACUAACUAAUGGAGGCAAAUGGUCAAAGAGAACAGACCAGGAAAAGCUGAGAAAAGAAAAAACAAAACAGCAGGAAGUGGAUCGGAAGUCAGAGCAAGAGCAAAGUACAAAGAAGCUGUUAAAAGACACCAACGAAAAACACAUGAAAUCCAAUGUGUCUGUUAGCUCGCUCCCUGCUCCAACUGUACUCAGUAUAGGACCACCAGUUCACCCAAUAGAAACCCACAUCCCAUCGCUCCCCAGCGGAUGCAUCCUCACAGAAUCCACCAUCGCAUGUGGAAAUACAGGGAUGAAGUACCUCCCUCUAAUGACAGACCCUGGACUGAAGUCAUUGUACUUAGCUGAAAAUGAGAUUUCUAAGCUCUCUGCCAGAGCUUUUGCAGGAUUGCCUAACUUGGAGUGGCUGGACCUAAGCAAAAACAAGCUGGACGACUCUGGCCUGUCAUUUGACGUCUUCAAAAAUCUAACCAAACUCAAGCGGCUUAACCUGGACGGAAACCGACUCACUGAACUCCCGCUGCUUCCUCCAUCUCUGCAAGAACUGAAGAUCAACGACAACAAAUUGCAUGAGCUGAACAGGCACAGCUUCAGCGGCCUUGAUAAUUUGCUCAAUCUUGAACUGGAAGGUAAUAAUUUUCAUGAUGGCAACGUCUACCCUUUGACAUUCAAGCCCCUUAAGAAUCUGAUUUACUUACGCCUGGGUCGCAAUCAGUUCCGCGCAUUACCAUCAGGACUCCCAGCAUCCCUGCAGGAGCUGCAUUUGGAUAACAAUCACAUUGAGGUUGUGCCUGAAGGAAUUCUGAACAAGACGCUGAAUCUGAGUGUCAUUGCGCUAAACAACAACAGACUUCAAGAAGACCGUAUUGCCCCGCGGGCAUGGAUCCAUCUGAUGCACGUGGAAUCCUUGGAUUUGUCAUAUAACCGCAUGGUGCAUGUUCCAUCUUUUUUACCUCGGGGGCUAAAGCAGCUAAUUCUGCACCACAACCAGAUAGAACGGAUCCCGGGUUACGUAUUCGCACAUCUGAAGCCGGGAUUAGAGUUCCUCCAUCUUUCGCACAACCAUCUGAGAGAUGAUGGGAUCCACGCCGUGUCGUUUUUUGGUCUCUACAAGUCUCUCAAUGAGCUUUUGCUGGACAAUAACCUCUUUCAAUCCAUCCCUCGUGGUAUCUUGAAUUUGAGAUCAUUGCAGGUCCUUCGUCUCAGUUUCAAUAAAAUUAGGUAUGUGCCCCUGAACUCAAUCUGUGACACCAGAAUAUCUGUCGACUCCAACCUUGUAUCCAUACACCUGGAGAGCAACUUCAUUAACAGGCGUCUGAUCCCACCCACUGCGUUCUCCUGCAUAAAAUCCUACCACAGUGUCAUCCUGCGCCCCCAGAACGGAGAUUAUGAUGACUAUUAAUUUACUGAACACUAACGGAACCCAUAUGACUUAAUCACACAGUGACAAGAAAGAAAGUCUCAUUACAGAACUCAUCUUUGUGUGACAUAUAAGUGUUUUUAUCUUGAAGAAAAGACACAUUAUUGAAGCCACCAUGUGUUUCUAAUGCCUGUGUGUAAAUGUCACCUGUAUAUGUCCAUGUAAAAAUUAAGGUGACACUGUGACAGGAAAGAAGUAACUGCUGGCUGUUACUGUGUAUCAGAGAGCACCAUGGGAAAUAUCCUCUUUUUGUGCUCACUGUAAGAACUUUGAUUUUAGAGGGACAUGCUACUUAUAUGCUAAAUCACUUGAAAGCGUUUCAGUAUAACUGUAAAAAGCUGAAAAGAAAAUAUCACCUGAACAUCUCUAUGUAAAAGAGAUAUUUUACCUCAAAAUCUCUUCAUCUCACAAUAGUAAGUGCUCUGUGAAGUUAUACUUCAGCUACUGCCCAGCUGCAGGCUGAAAAAAACAAACAAUAGCCAAUCAGCAUCUGCAGUGCUGAGGUCAUGCUUUGCUUUAAUGUCAUCUCAUGAGAUUUUACUAGAUUUCAUAGUAAACUUCCUUUAACUGAAUAGGUAAAUAACAUGACUGUGCCUGCAGAUGUCAGAUGUAUGCUCCCUUGCAAGUCCCAGGACUAGCAUCUUGAUUGGCUGCAGAAAAUCCCUUUACAAUGGGAUGUGGCUACUGAGGAAAUUUUAAUGUAAAAUAUCUUCCUUUUUACAUAGAGAUGUUCAGGUGAUAUUUUCUAGUCAGCUUUUUAUAGCUAUCACUUUAGUGAUUUAACAUUUGAAUAUCAUGUCCCUUGAAGUAAGCUUUCUGCGCACAUAAGGUAGCAUGCGUAUUACAAGUUAAAAUUAAAAAGUUUUCACACGAACGCUAACCCAACGUGCACAAAGAGCAGAAGAAUAUUGCGACCGCGUUAAUGUAUUUCUCCAUAGAAGUCAAUGGAGCAUGAAAAAAACUUAACACCAUAGGCUCAAGAGCAGCAAUGCACUGCUGUGAGCUAGCUGCUGAUUGGUAGCUACACACAUAUGUUCAGCUAGCUCCCAGUAAUACAUUUGUGCUCUAUAGCUGACUUUAAAUAUGUGUUUAACCCCUUUGCAAUAAUAAAAUAUUCUUGUUUUUUGCA